CGCGCCCCUGUGGGGGUGGCGCCCGGGAAAGUUCCCCUUGGAGGGUCCCCCUCCUUGUGCAUCCCGAAGAGCCCGGGUCCCCCGCUCCGCGGCGUCGGGAGGGAGCGUUGGGUCGGAGGUGGCGGCGUGGUUGGAUCGCCCCCGCCCCUCCUCUGUCCCCUCCUCUCCCCCGCGCGGGCACCGACGGACCGACGGACGGACGGACGGACCGACGCGCUGGUGGCCGCGGAGACCUCACUGCGAGCCCCGGCCGCGCCCGAGGCCUCUCUCGUGGGCCCCCGGCGAGGUGACCCCAGCGGCGGGGUCUCCGGUGCUCUUGGGGGCGGGUGGCCCGGCGCUGGUCCCCUCCCCGGCUCGGCGCGGGUCCCUUCUCGCUGCUGCUGGUUGCGCCUUCGCCACUCCGCGGAGCCGGACCUCUUCUCAUUUGAAUAAUGUCUAAUUCGGGGAGGUUUAUAUUAUUGAAAUGGCCGCCUGGCUUUCCCCGCCUCUCAUGUUUAGUAAUUCAGACCUUUAAUAACAGCCACUCACAGCCCAACGCCGUGUUUAUAUUUUACAUUCGCCCCAUGUGCUUUUGUGGUUCGAUAUGAUUCUUUUUUUUUUUUUUUUCUUUCUUGGCAAUCCACAAGGCUCUGAGAUCAAACCCAGCCUGUGCUGGGAAGAGAAGGGGCAGCUAGGCCUGGGCUGCUCCUGGAGUUGCCUAGGCCUCGUGUUCUCUGCUGCUUGAUUUAUUUACUAAUAACCAAAAUGACUCCCCCACCAACUGCCACACACUUCCCCUCCUCCGCGGGCAAAACACACCCUCCUGGGGC